CUUAUAUAUUGAGAGUUGAUGUUCAUGAAGUACAGUUAACUGUUUCUAUAACCAACAGUACAUGGAUGUUUCUGCGUUUGUCAGCUCAAGCUGGAUUACGACUUCUGCAAACCUUGAGUGCACAAGAGUCUAAACAUUUCUUUGGUCUGAUGAUCGCAGAAGCAUUCCACUCUGAGUCAACAAGAAAUGUCUCUAUUGAGUUGAAAUUGAGGAACUUGCCAUCACAUACAUUUUAUAUUAUUCCUACUGGGAUAUUUCGUGUCAAAUCAGAAGAUGUUCAUCUCAUUACAACUGAUGAGAUAAGACAAGUUGGACAACGGGUGUAUUCGCUGGUUUUUCAAUGAGCAGCAGAUCUGAUGUUGGAGCUGUUGAUCAGUCUACGUCAUUACACCAUUAUUUAAGCUCAGGAAGUGCAAGGAGAAUGUGGCAGAUGAACCAGAGGACGUUGUCGUCAUUGUCAGCAAUUGCUUCACAAUUCAAGAGUAUUGAAACAUCAGUGGAUUUCUUGUUUACAACUGUUGAUGAUUUAAGUGAUGAGCUGAAUACAACAGGUUUGACAGUGAGUUGCAAGAUGUGACAUUACGCAGAGAAGUCUUGGAUGAGAAGAACAAACAGAGCAUGAUAGUAAUGGAUGCACUCGAGAAUAACAGAAUUGCUGAUGCAUUGCAGGAAUUGCCAGAAAAUGAUUGUUCAGUUGCUGCUUGCUUUACUCGAAUGAAAGUACGAGAGACGACUGUUGCAAGUGAUGUAUAUAACAAGCUUGACAGAAUUAGAGGUGUUCAGGAGGACAUAGAGUUGAAAUUAUCACAAACACCACGAUUGCAAGAGUUAACUGCUUCCAGUUCCAUAUUGAUAGAACGAUUGGCAACAAAACUAGCUAAUGUGAGACUUCUCAGGAAACACAAAGAAAAAGAUGCUGUCUACACCAAAGAAACAGAGACAAAGAAAGAAGUAGCAAACGCUGUUGCAAAGCAAAUACUUGGUGACUUUGAAAAAUUGGGACAACAAGAGGCCUCUCACAUCAGUCAAGAAAACGAAACAGUAAAAAGGAUACGUGGGUUACUGAAACAUUGUUUCCCAUCUUGCAAAGUGCAAAUGACAUCAAGUUGAUGCUGUAUCCAAAGCCGGGUCUGCCAAUACCAAGAGCAAUUGUGGACAUGAUGAAUACUUGCGACCGAAUAAUCAUUUUUCGUAAGUCAAAACUUUUUGGACGAAGGAUGGCAGAGCUAUGUUAUCAAUCAAGCUAUAAUCGAAAACUACAACAGAACCACGAAGUCAUACCAAUUCGUUUGGACGACAGUGACAUGCCCUCCGAGCUUCAACACCUCGUAUAUCUUGGAUCAAACGAUGUUCACUUUUCAAAGCGUCUCUUGACAGCAAUAAGUGAGAACUAGUGACAGACUCUGAGAGCUAGCUCUGUAGCAUCCAUGAGAAUACGGAUAAUUUAGCUAAUAUUCUAUUAUCUUGUAAGUUUAACUGCAGCUAGAUGCAUGUUUGAGGUUUCUAGUUGCAAGUUAUUUGCUGCUGUGUGUACAGCAUUGAUGUACUGUGUCUAGCGCUGAAUACAAAUUCAACUCUGCAGUGGUAUUUUAUAACUACUCAGUGUCGUAUGACAGAAAACCAGCAGCUGUUUAUACAUUAGAAC